AUGUCGAGAAAGAUUGUGAUUCUUGCCUUAUCUUGUCGGCCAAGUCCUACAGUCUAUGCCUUGGCUUGUUAUGUUUACAGUUCUAAGUCACCUUGGAGGCAAAAUGGCCUCAUUUCACUUCCGUUUGUCAUAAAAACUGAUGAGCCAUAUCAUAAUUGCUUGAAUUUUAGAGAGGUGGUACGAUUACAUGGAGUUCCACGGACUAUCGUUUCUGAUAGGGAUGCUAAGUUCCUUUCACAUUUUUGGAAGGUUUUGUGGGGUAAGGUAGGUACAAAAUUACUUUAUUCUACUACCUGUCAUCCACAAACAGAUGGACAAACUGAAGUUGUGAAUAGGACUUUAGGAACUUUACUUCGUGAUAUCGUGGGUAAAAAUUUGAAAACUUUGGAGGAUUGUUUGCCAUUUAUUGAAUUUGCAUAUAAUCGAAGCAUACAUUCUACUUCAGGUUUUACUCCAUUUGAACUUGUUUAUGGAUUUAACCCACUUAACCCACUAACUGUUUUUGGAUCUUGCUCGAGCAAGAUAUUGAAAAGAGGAAACAACACAUAUGCUGACAGGGCAAACAAAGUGAAGGAAGAAGCUGGUGUUUCGCCUGGAGAUUGGGUUUGGGUGCACCUUCCGAAGGAAAAGAAUUUGAGGACAAAUCUUUUUGAGGAAGGGGGGAAUGAUAUGGUCAAACCAUCACUUCAAGCAUGA